UCAUUAUAUCAUUCGUUAAUGGAAAUAUCUCCUCCUUACUCUCUCUGUCUAUCAUCUCCGACCGAAUUCGAGAUAAUAUCUCUCUGGGAAGAGCAAUGGCUUCGACGGCGACGACAACUGAUUUCUUCAAGCCUUACCUCUCUCCUUUCUCUAAUGGGAACGUGGCGCAACGAGGAGGUAGUAGACAGAACAACAACGUGGUAUGGUUGAAUCGGAAGAGCCCUAACAGGUCUCUUCGUGUUAAUGGAUUGUUCGGAGGUGGAAAGAAGGACAAUAACGAUGAGGGACAAUCAAAGGCAGGGAUACUUGGUAAUAUGCAGAAUCUUUAUGAGACUGUGAAGAAAGCUCAAAUGGUUGUCCAAGUUGAGGCUGUUCGUGUCCAGAAGGAGUUAGCUGUUGCCGAGUUUGAUGGUUAUUGUGAAGGCGAGCUUGUCAAGGUUACGUUAUCGGGUAACCAGCAACCAAUCCGCACUGAUAUCACUGAUGCAGCUAUGGAAUUAGGUUCCGAGAAACUAUCACUACUGGUUACAGAAGCAUACAAGGACGCACAUGCAAAGAGUGUUCUGGCUAUGAAAGAAAGAAUGAGUGAUCUUGCCCAGAGCUUAGGCAUGCCACCAGGUCUAAGUGAUGGAUUAAAGUAACAGAACCAGAUCUUUUUUUUUGUCUUUAUACUCGAACUUCAGGUAUGAGAAGUCCAGUUUGUUUGUUUUGUCUUUAUACCGGCAAAAAAGAAACUACAACUCUGUCUCAAGUCAACUCUAAUGAGCCAGAGAGAAAUAUUUGAACCCUUGUACUUCUUUGGAUAUCAACAAUUUUCUUGAAUGCUC